AUGGCGGACAUUGAGACGCUCAAACAACAAAGGGCUCGAUUGAUAAAAUCUAUCGCGCUUAUUCAGAAUUUUAUUAAUAACUUUCGAGAAGGAGAUAGCAAACAUGGCUUAAUCCUCAGAAAAAAGAAACUAGUUGAGAUUCUUCAAAGUUUAGAAGAAAAUCAAACUGAAUUAGAUGUUAGAUGUCCAGGAACUUACUCAAAAGAGUAUGAGGAGUUAUUUGAUUUACAUUUUGAAUUGUCAGCUCAAAUUGAAGAUAUCUUAGAAAGUAGCAUUAACGAAAACAAACCAAAUAUAGAUUUAAAACAUAGGCAAGUUAACAUCAAACUUCCAGACAUAAAUUUACCAAAGUUCAAUGGAAAUUAUUCGGAAUGGAAUGCAUUCAUAGAUAUUUACAAUUCACUUAUACACAACAACGAGCAAUUGUCAGACGUUCAAAAACUUCAUUAUUUAAAAGGGACAUUACAAUCACCAGCAUCUGACUUAAUAUCAAAUCUUUCUAUGACCAAUGAAAAUUACAACACGGCAUAUAAUUUACUGCAAGAUAGAUACAACAAUAAAUACUUAAUAAUUACAUCACAUCUACAAUCUCUAAAUGACAUAAAACCUAUACUACGAGGUUCACAUGAAAAUCUACGAUCAUUUUUGAACCAAGCGAGGCAACAGACGCAGUCACUAGUAACAAUUCACCAAGAUGCAGUUUACUGGGACAUAAUUUUAGUUUUUCAGCUCACAAAUAAAUUAGAUCACCAUACUCGUUUAGCUUGGAGUCUAUCACAACAAGAAGGAGAGCUACCUACAUUAAACAAAUUUUAUAAAUUUCUUGAAACCAGAUCAUGUGCGUUGGAAACAGCAACCAAGACUGGAAAGAUAGAACAUUCCGGGGUUAAAAUCAAAUCUGUAAAUAUAGUGUCUCAAGAUAAUCAGCACAAACCAUGUGUAUAUUGUAAAUUAAAAGGACAUCGUGUAUAUAAUUGCUUCAAAUUUAAGAAACUACCAAUAACACAAAGACAGGAAAUUUUAAAACUUAAUCACCAUUGCGAGAAAUGUUUAGAACCUGCUCAUUCACCAGAUGUAUGUAAAUUCAGUCAGAAUUGCAAAAUAUGCCAGAAGAAACACCACACAAUGAUGCAUGUAUAUAAUGAUAGUGAAGUGAAGCUACGCAAAAGGUACUAUUUUCACAAGAGUCCAAUUCCAUAA